GAUUGAAGAGGGGAGGGGGGAACAACAGUAGAUCUAAGAUGGCGGAUGAACAGCAGGAAACACCACAGGGAGAGAUGGAGGCUGGAGUAAACUGCCUCGCCUACGACGAGGCCAUAAUGGCACAACAAGAUCGGAUUCAGCAAGAGAUAGCAACUACGACUCCUUUAGUGUCAGACAGACAGGACUUGUCCAUUCUGCAAAGAGAGUAUGCGCAAGAUGACGGCAUCUAUCAGCUGAAGAUUAAGGACUUGCACAAAAAAUACUCAUACAUCCGAAAGACACGGCCCGAUGGAAACUGUUUCUACAGAGCAUUUGGCUUCUCACAUCUGGAGUCUCUUCUGGAUGACAGCAAAGAGCUUCAGAGGUUCAAAGCGGUGGCAGCCAAGAGUAAACUGGACCUAGUGAACCAAGGCUUUACAGAGUUCACUAUUGAAGACUUCCACAACACUUUUAUGGACCUUAUUGAACUCUGUGAAAAACAGCCUGCGCUUGAGGAACUGCUCAACUCAUUCAACGACCAGAGUGUUUCAGACUACGUGGUGGUCUACCUGCGGCUGCUCACGUCUGGCUACCUGCAGCGAGAGCACGGUUUCUUCCAGCACUUUAUUGAGGGAGGGCGCACCGUCAAAGAGUUCUGCCAGCAGGAGGUUGAGCCCAUGUCCAAAGAGAGCGAUCACAUCCACAUCAUCGCCUUGGCUCAGGCUCUCAACGUCUCCAUUCUGGUGGAAUACAUGGACCGGGGCGAGGGGGGAACGGUCAACCACCACGUCUUCCCUGAAGGUGGCGAGCCCCGCAUCUUCCUCCUCUAUCGACCGGGCCACUACGACAUACUCUACAAGUAAUAAAAGCCUACUCUCCAA